AUGGCACACUGGCCCUUGGAGACUUUUCUGGCCUGGGAGUAUUGUUGCCGACCUUGUCCCAAGGCCAGAACAAUCAAUACCAGCCAGAAAGAGCCUAAGCAGAGAGGAACAAUCAGAGAGAGAAAAUCCGUAGAGGAUGGUGGGGAAGAAGAGACUAAACAAGACCACAUCCUGGACUCCUUGGGCCUCGGGGCUAAGGGAAGAAAAGAGGCUGGGGCACAGGUAGAACCACUGGAGGCCCAGAAGAGGCGAUAUUCUCCAGGCGUCCAGCGGGUGUUCCCCUAUAUCUCAGCCAUGGUGAACAACGGCUCCCUCAGCUAUGAUCAUGAGCGGGACGGGCGGCCCACAGAGCUGGGGGGCUGCACAGCCAUUGUCCGCAAUCUGCACUAUGACACCUUCCUUGUGAUUCGCUACGUCAAGAGGCAUUUGACGAUAAUGAUGGACAUCGACGGCAAGCAUGAGUGGAGGGACUGCAUCGAGGUGCCCGGGGUCCGUCUGCCCCGGGGCUACUACUUUGGCACCUCCUCCAUCACUGGGGACCUCUCGGGUACUGUCACGCGCACUCUUUAUUUGUCCUGACUGAGGUCAUGUCUCGAGAGCUGGGCCUUAGUGAGGCUUCUCAGAGGGGAGAGCCAGACAAGCAGAGCUGUGGGAAGCGAGUACCCAGACUGUGCUGCUCUUCUGGCAUUCUGGUGUCCUUCAACGCCCCCUCCCUGGCCUGGGCCGAGGCUCUCCUAGUGCAGUUGGCUCUAGGAGGCGGUUGGUGCUAAUGGAAAGCAGGGUCUGCGUCUUCAUCAGGCCAGCUCCUCUAGCCCGUGUUUGGAGUUCUGUGCUUUGCGAUGUCUGGUGCCCCUUCUGCAGUCUGGUUCCUUCCCGUCCACCUCCUUGAGGGCUGCAUUCCCCUUCUCUUAACAAAGUUCUUCCUUGAGUUCCUUGACUCUGCCGUCCCCCUUCUAACUGCCGCCCCUGGGCCCUGUUUGUGCUCAGACUUUUGAACGUGUCGUGUGUACAGGUCCUCUGUGUCCAGGCCGCAGCGGGGAGGGGUAGAGGGAGAGGGAGAAGCACACUCCCCACGGAGC